AGUCACCAUCAUCAUCGACAUGGGUUCUCCUAAUGGGAGGAUCUUCCUCAUUGCCGCGCAUAUUUCACUUACUGGUCUUCUCUAUGGCCUGGAUACAGGCUCGAUCGGUGUUGUCACCCAGAUGACCCAAUUUAGUGAUUCCAUAGGCCAUCUAUCCUCCACGCAGCAAGGAAUAUACGUUGCCACGAUCCUGCUUGCGUCGUCCGUGUCGUCUUUGUCAAGUGGCCAUGUAUCUGAUCGCAUAUCGAGAAAAUAUGGAAUCCUGCUGGGAGGAAUCUUAUCACUGAUCGGAGCUGUCGUCUCUGCUUGCUCGCCGAACUUUGCCAGCUUGAUCGUAGCGAGGUUGAUAACGGGCUUUGGAGUGGGCCAGGCAAUCUCGGUCACCACGGUGUAUCUCGUGGAGGUAGCUCCAGUAGCUAUCCGGGGUGUUGCAGCUUGCUUCCUGCAGACGUAUGUUGUACUCGGUAUUAUGGCUGGGUAUUUUAUCUCUUUCGGAUCUUCUAAUAUCCAUGGGAGCUUUUCGUGGAGAGUGCCGUUUAUCAUUCAAGCUUGUAUUGCUGCCAUUUUGUGUGGGGGAAUGGCAUUUGUCCCCUUCUCCCCACGAUGGCUUGCUCAGGUUGGGCGUAGUGAUGACGCGAAGCAAGUCCUUUGCAAGCUACGUCCAUCAUCAGCUGUACAAGCGGAACUCGAAGAGAUCCAAGAGAGUCUGGACCCGGAAAAGCAACACCAAACUGCCAGUAUCAAAGAGAUUUUCAACCGGAAAUACCGAGGCCGCACAGCUCUGGGUAUUUUCCUGAUGUCCUUUCAACAACUGACAGGGAUCGACGUGGUGUUAUACUAUGCCCCCAUUCUCUUUCAACAAGCUGGGUUCACGUCUCAGAGAGCCUCGUUUCUGUCAUCCGGCGUUUCUGGCAUUGUUAUGCUCAUCUGCACGAUCCCUGCUCAAAUCUGGGUUGAUCGCUGGGGUCGACGCAAGCCGUUGAUUUAUGGCGGAGCCGCGAUGGCAAUUUGCUUCAUCAUCAUCGGUUCACUCUACGCCAGGUAUGGCCGUGUCCAGUCGAACGAAGUCACACUCGGGUCCAGCUCUGCCCAAUGGGUUGUAAUUGUGCUGAUAUAUGUCUUCGUGGCCAACUUUUCCUGGUCGUGGGCUGUGGUCGGCAAGAUCUACGCCUCGGAAAUAAUCCCAACAAGACUUCGAGCCAAAGUCUGCGCCGUCGAGCUCGUUGCAAAUUGGGUCGUCAACUUCCUCGUAACAUUCACGGCUCCUUUGUUCCUACGCGCCUCGCCAAGCGGGCCAUAUUACCUCUACGGGUUUUCGACAGUCCUCGCGGUAAUAGUGUGCAUCCUGAUGCCGGAAACAAAGGGCCAGAGCCUGGAGCAUAUUGAGAGAUUAUUUGAAAGUCAGCACGAGAGCGAGAAUAGAGAAAACGCACGGGAUGCAACGAGGGCGAGUGCGGCGGGAUCGGCAAUCUUAAUUUGAGCGAGAGUCUGGACCUCCAUACGAUUUGGUCCGUGGCUGUUGACAGGGAUCUCGCGAGACUCAGAUCGAGUCUGACGCGCGUUCGUCCAUUAUAAAUGAUAUCGGGAUGAUUAGGGUAAUGUAUUUUAAUACCGUUACUCUACAGGAUAGAGCUAUAUCAGUGUAUAUUGGGUAAAUACACCUCAUAAUCUGCCACCUAGUAUAAUCCAACCACCCCACCAAU